GACUAACCCCAGCAGCACAGGAAAUACAGAUUCUCGCCGGCCAGGUUCGAGGAUUUGUUUAUCUUAGCCGUCGUCUGAGCUGCCCUUCUUUUUCUUUUCUUUAAUUCCCCCAGAAAAGACGGUUACGAUGUCGACGUUCGAGCAGGUUGUCGUCAUCGAUGGCAAGGGCCAUCUCCUUGGCCGACUCGCCUCCAUUGUCGCCAAGCAGCUCCUUAGCGGCCAGAAGAUUGUUGUCGUCCGUUGCGAGGCUCUCAACAUCUCUGGCGAGUUCUUCCGCGCGAAGCUCAAGUACCACGCCCACCUCCGAAAGAUCACCCGAUACAACCCCACCCGCGGAGGUCCUUUCCACUUCCGUGCUCCUUCCCGAAUCUUCUACAAGGCCGUCCGUGGCAUGAUCCCCCACAAGACUGCCCGUGGUGCCGCCGCUCUCGAGCGCCUCAAGGUCUUUGAGGGUGUUCCCCCUCCCUACGACAAGAAGAAGAAGAUGGUCGUCCCCCAGGCUCUCCGUGUUCUCCGACUCCAGCCCGGCCGCAAGUACUGCACCGUUGGCCGUCUGAGCCACGAGGUUGGCUGGAAGUACCAGGACAUUGUUGGCCGAUUGGAGGACCGAAGAAAGGCCAAGGCCGCGGCCUACUACGAGCGCAAGAAGAUUGCUGCCCGACAACUCUCGGACGCCAAGAAGACCGCCGCCGUCAAGGACGAGACCACCAAGGCCCUCGCUGCCUUUGGCUACUAAGCCAGCCAUAUCCCUCGACUUUAGGUUCUUGCCGGUCUAGGUAAAACUUGGCACCAUGAUUUCUCGUGCGUUUCGUUAGAUUGGCGCGGCGGUUCAACAAAGGGAUUUACUUGAUUUGCUGAGUGAUGGCAAGGGCGGCUUGAGGAGAGGAUGUCGAUUCCCCCAAAAAUGUUCUAAAUGAAGUCCCGUCGUCUGGAACCCCCAUUCCCCAAGAGAAGAAAAAUAAAGCACAGAAACCCACAAUCAACAUGAUGAAUGCAUGAGGAUGAGAGAGACUAUGUGCCGAGAUUUUUGCACUCUUGUCACUAUGAGGACCAACGAUGGGACUUUGUUUCGGGGCGUCAUAUGGGUUUUUUCAUUUGGAAUCUGUCAUGUCUCUUCUUCAUCUAUCACCCAAGGACGCCAGUAGUUCGGCGGACGGGUUCAAGGGGAUGGUGAAGGGAGGUGCUUGUUACAUCGGGACAGGGUCUCGCAUUUUGCACUAGGAGUAGAAAAGGAAAGGUUCUUGUUUGA